GUCAUCUCCUGUACUGUGUCCGCAGUCUCUGGUCAUCCCCUGUACUGUGUCUGCAGUCUCUGGUCAUCCCCUGUACUGUGUCCGCAGUCUCUGGUCAUCCCCUGUACUGUGUCCGCAGUCUCUGGUCAUCCCCUGUACUGUGUCCGCAGUCUCUGGUCAUCCCCUGUACUGUGUCCGCAAUCUCUGGUCAUCCCCUGCACUGUCUGCAGUCUCUGGUCAUCUGUACUAUGUCCCUGGUAUUUUCCCUGUACUGUGUCUGCAGUCUCUGGUCAUCUCCUGUACUGUGUCCGCAGU